AUGUUUCCAUUUAAUAACCAAGGUGAUAUAAAUAGUAAUUCAGAAAGUAAUAGUUCAAAUUUAGAAAGAAAUGACGUUUUUAAUAAUAGUUUAAAUAAUAAUAAUUUUGAAAAUGAAAAUAGUAAUUUAGUAAAUAAUAAAGUUAAAAAUAAUUAUCAAGUUAAAGCGGAAGCCACAAAUCCUACUGUAAAACCUACAGGUAUCAUUCCACCAUCCCAGAAAAAACCUACAGUAAAUAAUAACUCAAAUAAUGCCAAGUUAAAAGAACAAGAACUAAAAAUGAUGGAAUUGAUAAACAAUCAGAUGAAAAUAUUGAAGGAAUUAAAUUUUCAACCAAAUCGUACUCCAUUUCCAGAAGAAUCUAAAUUUGAUGGAGCUAAUAAAGCAGAGUUCGAUAAGAAUUGGGAUUUAUUUGAAUUCUUAUUUAGACAUCAUUUUGUUAGACCAACAAGUGCUAACUUACUCUCCAGUUUGCGUGGUAGUGCAAUAGAUAGAUUAAGAUCUAUUGACCCGUUUAAUUCAAAUUCCGUAGAAGAUAAUAUUCUCAGGUUAAGAAGAUAUUAUCAAGAUAGUCCAAGUGUCGUCUUGGAUAGAUUCUCUAAUUUUUCUAGAGAAAAUAAAUUUAAAUCAUUAGAUGCCUUGCUACUUGUAUUCUCAAUAGUAAAGAAAAGAAGUAAUUUACCAGAUGAAGCAGCAAUCACAUUUUUAAACCAAGCUUUAGGAUGUAAUUUUAAAGAUUAUUUGGCUUUAAAAUGUAGAAAGGACUCCACUUAUCAAGAAUAUCUCGAAGAAGUAAGAAACUUAGAAAUCGCUUUCACUGAAUCCAAAGGAGUUUCCUUAUAUUUAAUUAAAGAACCAUUAAAUGGUAUUUUUGGUACAAAUAGAACCCCUAAUGUCUCAAUGGCAAAUGCAAAUAAUCCAAGUUUUAAUGUUGCCGGUAUAAGUAAUGAUACACAAAACAUGUCCGUCGUUUGUUAUUCGUGCGGAAUGGAAGGACACUUUAGUAGAAAUUGUCAAAACAAGGAUAAGUUUUCACAAAAUAGAAGUAAUAGAUAUAUUAAUAGUAAUCAUAGGAAUAAUAAUAAUUAUAAUCAAAAUGGAUAUAAUCAAAAUAAUUACAAUAAUUAUCAGUUAAAUAGAAAUAAGAGUAAUAAUCAAAGAUCAAGUUUUAAUAGUUAUAAUAAUAAUAAUAGUAAUAGAAAUAGAUAUGUUAAUCAACAAAAUUAUAGAGAUAGAAAUAAUAGUAAUUUAAAUAAUGACUAUAUAGCUAAUUGUUUUGUCCCGUUAUAUUCGUACACUGAAAAUAGUACAUCGCUAGAUAGUAAUUUCAACCCAGCUCAGCUCAAUUCAACCUCAGUUAAUGUUCUCAAUUAUCAGUCUUUAAAGCCCAAACCCGAUAAUAAUUGUUAUAGAAUCAACUCUGUAAGAUAUGCCAAUAAAUCAGAAAGCAUAUUCAGUCAAUCAUCAUCACACCCGGACCAUCACUCAUCAACAUGUCAAACAUCAAUCAAGUCAAAUAAUAUAAAUUCUCGUAAUAGUAAUAAUUUUAAUAGUAAUAGUUUCAAUAGUAAUAAUAACAACUUUAAUAAUGUCAAUUCCAGUAAUAGUAAUAAGUUCAAUAGAAAUAAUAAUAACUUUAAUAAUAAAAUCAGUAAGAAAUUCAAGCAACCACCUGCAUUCAUCAAAUCUUUAGAACAAACAGUUAUAAAUGCAGAUAAUCAUUCAACUCAAAAUCCAAGCAGUACACCGUCAAUUCACAACCAAGUUUAUCAGUCCGCUCAAGAUGGAUCAAUUAUUCUCACUGCUGUGCAACAAGCUCAAUUAAAUAAUUUGUUAAAGAAAUAUGUUCGGAAUGUCAAAAGAAUUUUAUUCUCUCAAGGCCGUUUCAAUUCGGUGCCGUCGAAUUUCCAAAACCGUGGGGAAAAUGUAGUAUAA